GUGGCAGGAGUGGGUAGGGGGUUGGGUACACCGCUUCUCACAGCUACCACUACAAGUUCUCAGUCCAUCCCCUGCUACUUGUAAACCGUCCUACCACACGAACUUUCCUUGUGAUUUCCAUGCACUGCACGUUCACUCCUGAGAUACAUCCAAAGGGUCUCCAUCACAGCAGGAGAGGAGAGAAAGCGAGAGAGACAGAACUGUUGAGUGUCAAGUAGAGGAUCUGCAUUUUGUCAUGGCACCCAGAAGAGUUGGCAUCGUGGGUUACGGUCAUCUAGGUAAAUUCCUAACCAAAGCAGUCCAGGAAAGACCAGACCUUGAGCUAGCCUUCGUGUGGAACAGGACGACCUCGGUUUUAGACGGCGAAGUGGAGAGCAGAUACAUCUGCGAAAACUUGGAAAACUGUAGUCAAUUUUCGCCAGACUUGAUUGUGGAAGUUUCACACCCAGUUAUAUCAGAAAAGUAUGGACCAAUGUUUCUAAAUACUGCAGACUAUUUAGUUGGGUCACCCACAGCUCUAGCUUCACAACCUGUUGAAGAUGCACUACGAACUGCGGCAACUUCCCAUGGGCUCUAUGUCCCGGCUGGGGCUUUCUGGGGUGCAGAAGAUAUACUCAAGAUGGCAGACAGAGGGACACUGAAGGGACUAAAAGUUACCAUGAAGAAGCAUCCAAGUUGCUUCAAGUUCGAAGGGGAACUCAAAGCAAAAAACGAGCAAAUUUGUGGCACUGAAGCAAUAACUCUCUACGAUGGACCUGUACGAGGCCUUUGUCCCCUUGCGCCUAACAAUGUCAACACCAUGGCAGCCGCAGCAAUGGCAGGACAUAAUCUGGGCUUUGAUGUUGUGCAAGGCUGUCUGGUAUCUGAUCCAAAGCUCACAGACUGGCACAUAGUAGAGGUUGAAGUUACAGGACCACAAAUAGCAGGAAGAAAUUUCACCGUGAAAACCACCCGCAAUAACCCAGCUGACCCGGGGGCGGUUACUGGCAGCGCAACUUAUGGCUCCUUCCUCUCUUCAGUAGUGCGGGCUGGCGGCAAAGGGCCUGGGGUUCAUCUCUGUUAAUUUGGAAAAAAUUAUGGCCCGGCUCUCUAAACUGGUGUUUGAAUUCUGGAAAUUUAAACAUUGUCUCUAUUUUUAUUAUCAUAUAUAUUUGUUUUUUGUUGUUAUUAUUGCUGCAUCUUACGACUUUUCUUUCAGUAUAUUGCAUCAUAACUAUUGGUAUAUUUAUUGUUGUUUAUUUAGUAUGAUAACUUUGAAAACAAAUUGGUAAAAAGAAAAAUAUGAUUCCUUACAUACCUUUUAUUUGAAAUGCUAGUAUAUUAAUUUAGUAAGUAUAAUAAACUUCAAUUAAAUCUAAUUAAUAAUGCCUGGAAUUCAAAUAAAAUUGCAUAUACUGCAUUUGGUACCACAUCUUAUGGUAUGUAAAGCAUCAGAGUAACAGGAGAGAGAGAGAGAGAGAGAGAGAGAGAGAGAGAGAGAGAGAGAGAGAGAGAGAGAGAGAGAGAGAGAGAGAGAGAGAGAGAGAGAGAGAGAGAGAGAGAGAGAAAUAGCUCAUUUUUGAUAUGUGCCUCAGUUGUGGGCCUCAUUUUGCAUGCUGCCUAUGCUAUUUCUGUCACAUUAAAAUUGUGUUAUGUAUUACAA